GCGCGCCGCUCCAACCAAUCGGCGCCGACGUUGCCGCCUCAUUGAGGCGGCCGCGGCGCAAGCGAACUGGGAAUUGUGAAACGCCGAGGAGGACCGCCUGAGUGAGUCGUUCCCUCAGAGUCGUUCCCUACCCCGAGUCUGACGGAGGAGGAUGAGCGAGGUGGAGCGUGGCGACGAGGAGCCCGAGGAGGAGCCGGAGCUCGCACUGAGGUCCUUCCGCGGGGACCGAAUCUCCCUGCCGCGGCGUGCUCACAGGCUGGGACGAUGUCGCGCCGUCACGGAGUUCGUGAAGCAGAAUCGCAUCGGAGAGGGAACCUACGGCAUCGUGUACCGGGCGAGGGACACGCGGAGCGGGGAGAUUGUGGCGUUGAAGAAAGUGCGCAUGGACAAAGAAAAAGACGGGCUGCCCAUCAGCAGCAUGCGGGAGAUAAAUCUGCUGCUCCGCCUGCAUCACCCCAACGUGGUGGAGCUGAAGGAGGUGGUGGUGGGAGCCCGGUUAGAGAGUAUCUUCCUGGUGAUGGGCUACUGUGAGCAGGACCUCGCCAGCCUCCUGGACAACGUCACAGCUCCAUUCUCCGAGGCACAGGUGAAAUGCAUCUCGCUGCAGCUGCUCAAGGGGCUGCUGUACCUGCACAACAACUACAUCAUCCACAGAGAUCUGAAGGUGUCCAACCUCCUCAUGACUGACAAAGGCUGCGUCAAGAUAGCUGACUUUGGGCUGGCCCGUGCAUUUGGCGUACCUCUGCGACCGAUGACUCCUAAGGUCGUGACCCUGUGGUACCGAGCCCCUGAACUGCUCUUCGGCUCUGAGACACAGACCACAGCCAUUGACAUGUGGUCGGUGGGCUGCAUCAUAGCCGAGCUACUGGCUCACAAACCCCUACUGCCUGGCUCGUCGGAGAUCCAGCAGAUUCACCUGAUCGUCCAGCUUCUGGGCACACCCACCAACGCCAUCUGGCCUGGUUUCUCGAGCCUGCGUGUCCCAGACCGCGUGGUGUUACGGAGGCAACCGUACAAUCACCUGCGUCAUCGCCUGCCCUGGCUGUCGGAUGCCGGGCUGCGCAUGCUCAACGCUCUGUUCAUGUACCACCCAGCCAAGAGAGUGAGCGCGCUCGACUGCCUGGACAAUUCGUACUUCAAGGAGAACCCCCUACCGUGUGAGCCUGAGCUGAUGCCCACGUUUCCCCAUCACCGCAACAAGAGGAACGCAGCAGAGACGACGCACGUGGCAAAGAAGAUGAAGAAUUAAUACCCAAGCACCACACACACACGUACACACACACAUACACGUACACACGUACACACACACAUGUACACACACACAAGUACAGCAACAACCGCCAUUCACCACUAAGUGGCGAUGACGUCA